AUGGCGGGAGUGGCCGAGGCCAUGGCGGCUUCGUCGAUUUUACUCGAGGGCGGCUCUGUUGCAUCAAGCGGCACACGUACAGUACGAGGCAAUCAUAGCCAAAGACCCGAUGUAGCUCGAUCCUGCAUUUGUAUGCAUCCUCGUGCCGCUUGUCGAAAGCUGUCGGCAGCAUUUGGUAUGCUGAACGAUCUGAGAGGGAACUUUGUCCAGCUACCGUCGAAUGAAGUGGAACUGCGUCAAAAAUACUACCACUAUCUAGAUCCCGAUUCUGUGAACGAUCAAGAUGAUGCAAACGAGAGCGUUGGUGGAAGAAGUCGCAGCAAUGGAGAGGAAGGCGGAGCAGGCUCUGAAGGCAGCUACAGUAACGGGAGUCGCGACGAGGGAAGCUACGGGAGUGACGGAAAUAGCGCAGGUGAGAGCCGUAGCUCCAGCGGCUCUGAAGGACAUGUUGUGAAUGAAGACUCAGGAGGCGCAAUGCAACAGGUCAAAGGCGACUUGAGUGAACUGACCGAGAUUGAGGAUCUACCCGACGAGUUUGUGGCGGCGCACCACUUUCAUCCGGAUAUUAUUGCUUGUCAUUUCAAGCUUUACCAGUACGACCGAACAGCCAACGAUUUGCUCCCCUUCCCUUCACAUACUAUUUCAGCCAACGAGCGACGUUCCUGCGGCGUUUCCAUAGAGCGCGAUUUUCGCGACCGUGUUCAAAACGUUGGUGACGACAAAGAGCAGGUAAAGUUUUGGAUUGUCCCUUCGUAUCCUCUUGAUGUGGCGUAUGCCGAUUGGAAGCAGCUCAUGCGAAAAUGGUCGCGCGAUGUUAGCACGAGCUCUUCAGGUCGCCAGCACAAGUCAAGUGCGCACCGAGCGAAAGGGCAGGCAACUAUUACACAUCGACGACAUUCACCGACAAGGCAAGACGACUUCAGCUCCGUCAUGGGAAAGUGGGAGAUGGCUUAUGCUAUGGCCAAUCAUGUCGUGGACACCUCUGAGCGAUCGUCCUCGACGUUUGCGAGACAAGAAUCCGUUGCAAAGAAUACGGCUGUGGCAAGUGACAAUCUUGCGGCGGCUGUGAAAAAGGUGCAUUCUACUCGUCUGAACACCAACAAGAGAGAUCCACCAGCUCGUGAGAUUCGUGUGUGGAAGGCGAGCAAUGACGGUGGAAUUGUCCCAGCUCCCGAGGCUAUUACUGAUGACAUGUCGGAAUCGGAACCUAGCCAGACAAGCAUCAUCUCCCAACAGCCAACAUCACGAAGCGAGGGGCCUAAUCCGGCGCUGACUAAGAAGCCAUCCACGUCUCUUGCGAGUCCUACGGCCAAUGUGCCCACUGUGGCCAUCUCCAAUGUUCCCACGGUGGCUCGUCCAUUCCUUGGGUACUGGUUACCUAUUGGUUUGUAUUGCGCUUUCCUCGUGGGAACAGCGCUUUGCGCUUUUCAUGUUGUCCGUGUUCUCGACUCCAGAGAGAGUGCACUGGUCUGUUCAACGCCUGCUUGCAAAAUUGCAUCUGCAAGAACGUCAUGGUUUCGCGCCGCUGAAACCUACUUGUUCGCAGUCACCCCAGACAUUCCUCGUUAUUUGGAGUUGUCCAAGGCUAUGACCGAAGCAUGUUGGAACUUUGUACUUGCAGUAGCCGCAAAGCUUCCAAUUGUGAGGUUGAUGGUCGAGUGUGCCAACGCAAUGCGGUAG